UCUGCUCUGCACUGUGGCUGUUUUUCUGUGUCUUGUAUCUGUGAGGGUUUUUGGUUCUGUGUUCUAUUCCUGGUUCUGGUCCGGGUUUGUUGUUCUCCUCUGUUCCGCGUCCGGUGUUUUUGAAGUUUUUUUGUUCUCGCACAUCGGCUCCUCACACUCACAGAAACACAGUUUGGUGUUACACUCCCACACUCUGCUCUGACGAAUCAACACACAGCCGUCUGUGUGCAGCUUCUGUAACCACGGCAACGCCAGCACCGUGGCUGACUGGUACCACCCUAAUCCAGCCCAGUCAGCCGAGUCGGGGAUGGAGUAUUGUUCCGAUAAAUGAUCGGCUGCCUGAAUCAGUAACGUGAGUGACACCUGAGGCAGCAACCAGUCAGAGACCAGCGGCUCGAUGACAUCAGAGCGGAGAGUUUGAAAGAGAGAGGAUGAGGAUGGUGGUGGUGAUGAAGAUGGAGUGAGAGAACUCCAGCUGGGUUCGUACACACACACACACACACACACACACACACACACACACACACACGGAUGCAGAAACACACAGAUGAGUCAUUCUUUAAAGUCAGAUCGAGAAAUAAACCACUAAUUAGAUGGGAUAUUCAUGGCCACCCACUCAUUAACACACACAUUAACACACACACAUUAACACACACGUUAACACACACGCUGCUAACACGGUGCACCUCCCCGCUGUGCUGAUCUGUGAGGAGCCGGCUGGCAGGAAAUAAGGAAUUGGAUCCUCCUCAGCCUAAGAUGUUGGUCAGUGAAACUGUAGAGCUUCUGACUGAGGAAACAUGGCGGCUCGUCCUCGAAGAGUUCCAGAAGAACUUCCUGCAAAUCCACUCAGAUUCUGAUCAGAACCAGUACAAGGUGCAUUCACACCAGCCCUGUUUAGUUUGCUUUAAUCGAACUCCAGUUUGUUUGUCUAGAAAGUCUGGUUCGUUUGGGGACCAAAACGUGAACUCUGGUCCGCCUACAAACCUCGGUCUUUGUUUGGAUGACGUUAACGCUGGUUCGCUUUCAAUGCAUGUGUUAACGCCAAGCGGACCGGAGACCGCUCCAAAAACAGGACGCAGACGACAGCGCAGGGCAUUCUGGAACGGAACGACGUCGGACCGAAGGCGUUUCUCCAGGGAACUGCUGCAGCGGUUCUGUUCCCAGCCUGCCAGUCUGUUCGGUUCUGAUCUUCCUGCUGUUAUUUUUUCUGGGGGUGAGCAGAAGUCGGCCUGCAGCGCUCGCAGGCGGCUCUCCCUGCAGCGAUGUAGCAGUGGAUCAAACCGCAGAACUCCGUGGGCGGAUUCUGAUGAUCCGAGUGUUGGACCAGAAUAUGCUGAAGCCCAGAUGGAGUUUGGUAACCAGGAUACAACUGGUGCGGGUCAGAACUGACGGCGAGUCCGCAGAGAAAACCGAGGAUGAAGGAGAAUCUGAAACGCUGCAGUAAUUCCUGCUGCUUCAUCAGGAGUCGGAUGUCAGAGGAUGGAGGAAAAGAGAAACGGGUGCAGAUGGGGCUGGUGGUGAAAUUAAUGCGUUUUAAUGAGGAGGAGGAGAAACAACAAUCAGACGGAGGUGUACAAAAGCUGGGAAGAUGGACUAAUAUCUCAAUACUGCUAUUACUAUUAGAGUCUGGAACUCAGACUCUCCUGUUUCUUGGUAAUAUUGGGACAAAAUCUGUUGAGUUUCCAUUGACUAUAUAAUUGCGCAAUUUGACAUUUUGAAAAUAAAUGGAAACACGGUAAUUUCAAAUAAACUUUAGUUUUGCAACAAAAAGGACGUGGCAGUUUUUGUUGGCUGUAUCAAAACUGGUUCACUGGAAAAACAUAAAAAAUCUUACAAAGCAUUUUUGGUCUAGUUUCUAGUGCAAAUAUUUUAGCACUUUUGAAAUACAACGAUAUUAACUUACAAUCCAAGUUUGGGCAAGAUAUAUAAGAUUGUUGUAAGUCAAUAAAUCCUGAAUGUUGAUGAAAAAGUUCUAGUUCCACUGACAGAUUUUUCACUUUUAACAUGUUUCUAUUGUAGAUUUGUGAAAUAAACUCUUACCAAGAAUUUGUGGUGUACUUUCUAGUGUAAACAUCUUAUUUUACUUUAAUUCAU